GGCAGACGCGGAAGUGCGGAGAGCCGCUGGGAGCCGGCUCAGCUGUGGGGUUUUUUUUGGCCCAGCAGCGCGCCUGGGGAGCGUUCUGGAGAGGUCGGCACCUCAGGGCCCGGUUCGGCCAGCGCAGACCGGACGAGGCCGCCGCCCCGCCGCCCCUCGGCUCGGCGUCGAUGCCCGCCGCGCCCGGGAGGCCCCGCAGCGGGGCCGGGCCAUGAGCCUGCCCCGCGGCCUUGCUCCAUCGCUGCGGGCCCCGCUGCAGUCCGGCAAGACCAGGAUGAAAAAGCUCCCGAAGAGGAGCCAGAACGAGAAGUACCGACUCAAGUACCUACGGCUGCGCAAAGCCGCCAAAGCCACGGUGUUUGAAAAUGCUGCUAUUUGUGAUGAAAUUGCUCGUCUUGAGGAAAAAUUUCUUAAAGCAAAAGAAGAAAGACGGUACUUGCUGAAGAAGCUCCUUCAGCUUCAGGCUCUAACUGAAGGGGAAGUACAGGCUGCAGCUCCUUCCCACAGUUCCAGUUUGCCCCUGACUUAUGGUGUGGCCAGCUCUGUGGGAACUCUACAGGGAGCUGGGCCCAUUUCUGGGCCUAGCACUGGGGCCGAGGAACCAUUUGGGAAGAAAUCGAAGAAGGAGAAAAAAGAAAAGGGCAAAGAGAACAACAAACUGGAAGUUCUGAAGAAAACAUCCAAGAAAAAGAAAAUGGAGGGAGGUGCUCGCAAGCUGGUUCAGCCCAUUGCCCUGGAUCCCUCAGGACGGCCUGUGUUCCCCAUCGGACUGGGGGGUCUAACAGUAUAUAGCCUGGGGGAGAUCAUCACCGACCGGCCUGGCUUCCAUGAUGAGAGUGCCAUCUACCCUGUGGGUUACUGCAGUACUCGAAUGUAUGCCAGCAUGAAGUGCCCCGACCAGAAGUGUCUAUAUACUUGUCAGAUCAAGGAUGGUGGUGUGCAACCUCAGUUUGAAAUUGUUCCUGAGGAUGACCCCCAGAAUGCCAUUGUCAGCUCUUCCGCAAAUGCCUGUCAUGCAGAACUGCUCAAGGCUAUAGGCGCUACUAUGGGGAAACUAGUGUCUAACCUGCUUCCAUCUGGAGCUGACUUUUUUGGGUUUUCUCAUCCAACCAUCCACAACCUGAUCCAGAGCUGUCCAGGAGCUCGAAAAUGUGUCAAUUACCAGUGGGUGAAAUUUGAUGUGUGCAAACCCGGGGACGGGCAGCUACCGCAAGGACUGCCGGAGAACGAUGCAGCUAUAAGCUUUGAAGCCUUUCAGACACAGACCUUUGAUGGAGGUCAGCAUGAUCCCAUUCUACCAGGAUCAUUGGCCCUCGCAGAGCUUCAGCCUACAGCCUUUGUGUCUUCUUACCGGCCCAUGUUCUUGACGCGCGAACCCUUGGCGGAUGAUCACCUGCAGCACUUGAAGUCUCCACCGCAGUGUAGUCCAACGCAGUCUUCAGAUUGAACGAGAAGGGAUCAAAUACCACAUCAUUUUCAUCAUGAUGAUUUUUUUUAACUUAAACUAAAACUUAGAAUAUGUGGAAGAAGGCAGCCAUUCAGGAGUGAAGAAGAUAUUAAAUGAACACAUUCUGUCAUGGAGGUUCCCAUGGUGACAGUGUUCCCUGAGAAAACUUCACCUGCUUUAUUUUUAGUAAUAAAUUUCUUUUAACAGUUCUUAUUUUCAUCCUGUUGUAAUCAGGAUAUAUUCUCUUUUGUUUAGCUCUAAGGUAAACUUCAGUCCUUUUUCAACCAGAGUAAGAGAUGGCUGCUGACUCAUGAAGGAGUUAGUAAGAUUCUGACAACCUCGACCCUUGAUUCUGAUCCUAGUUUAAGGAAUAUUAAGUCUCAGCCCCUGUACGCCAGGCAGCUGCUUUAUUUUCAUGUCAGUAUGAUCAAAAUCGAAUCCUGCUCAUCCCCAAGCUGGAGAGUCCAGUCCAAGGUACACUUCGUCCUUUUAUUCACAUUUCACAUAUCAAAAGGUCCUUUUUAAUCCUUUCUGCGUCCUCUUUGUGGUUCCUUAUUGGAGAAUGUGCUUUUAGCUAAAUACGUUGAAACCACAUUAAGACAAAUUUAGAUAUGUUUGGGGUUUGGCUCCCAUCCUCCAAUUCAUUCAGUGCAAUAACAUAAAUCCGCAUUUAGUGUGACUGAAUUGUCUGGACCGUGCGUAUGGUAUUAAUGCGGAGGCUAAUCUCGACCACUCCACAGCAGUUAGAUGGAUGGGCAGCGAGGCCAUCCAGGUUCGGGUGCUGGAAUGGGAAGGAACAGAAGGACUCCAGAAAUAGAAGAAUGGGGAAGGAGUGGUGAGAACUGGGUUGUUAACUGCUGUAAUUCCUAACUGCUAACUGGGGACAACACAAAUGCAAUUAGCAUUUUAUAGGAGUGAAUCUGGCCAGCCGAUUCAGGAGGGGCUCAGACAGCACAUUUGCACCACACCACACUGACCACUAUAAAGUAUCAGAAGCUAAAGGAACGUUAAUUUUAUGACUAAAUUAUAGUCUUUUUAUAAGUUUGUAUAGCUUUUACAGUGCAAAAAAAUUAUUAAAGUUUAGAUAGUGGCAAAUCAAGGGUGGAAAGGUAUUACUUAGCUGUUAGUGUUAAUAUUUUUCUUUUUUCUCUAUAAGUUGCCUAACAUAUCUGCACUUACACAGAAAUGAUACAUGCUGCUUUUAUCAGAUAGCAAAUAUCUUUCUAUUCUAUUACAGCUUGAGUAAAACACAUUAAAAGAGAGCCUCAUUUUAAGAAAGACAUUUAAGGUUUUUUUUUUUAUUAGUGUGUUGUUUACUUUAGUAAGAGUAUUCACUUUAUAGCUUUCCUAGAAUGGAAAGAACCCAUUAGUUGUUAUAAACUCAGAGGAUCAAGACCUCCAUCUUUUAAAAUUAAAUAGUUAGAAAGUAUUGCACUGCAUUGCAUGUGGAAAGGUUGAAACUUUGGUUUCAACUAUAAUGUUUAUAUAUGUAUUUAUAUAAAUAUCACACGUCUGGGGAUACGUGGAAUAAUGUUAAAUGUUUUUCCUAUGGAUCAUCAUUUCAAAAACCUUGAAAAAUAACUGCCAUAUUAUACUUAAAAUGUCUUUUCAUUUACUGGAUUGUUAAAGAUUUUUAAAAUUUGACAACAUCCAAUAUUGAGAAUGAGUUAAAAAAAA